AUGGAGGCGAGCAGGUGGAGCAGGUGGAGGAGGAGGAGGAGGAGGAGAGCCCCGACCGCAGUGAGGGGGGGAGUGACGCAGCAGCAGAGCGCGAAUCAGCCGGGCCCGGAGCACGAUGAGCUCCACCCUGACGGUGGUGCAGAGGACAACUCGCCUGCACACACACCUUCAGUGGAAGAACAUGCAACGCGAGCACCGUUAACCCUUCACCUCUCAAACCUCAACAUGUCAGAAGACAUGGAGGAUCGAGAGCCACCAGCGGAGGAAGAGGAAGAGGACGACGACGAGUUCAUUGUUCUCGACUCCGAACACCCGCUGGUCAGAAGGCAACAAGCUGCUCUGAGCAUCCUGCUCAGCAAGCAGCUGGAGAGGAUCAACCAGGGCCUGAAGGAGAAGCUGGCGGUGAGGAAGGCGGAAGCUGACCUCCUGCAGGACCGCAGUGUGGAGACGUUCCGGGUCCAGCAGCAGCUCGCCCGGCUGCAGUCCCGGCUGGACGCCCAGCACGAGGCGGAGGAACGGGCGGAGGCCGAGCGCCUCGCGGCGCUGGAGCGGCUGGAGGCCGCGAGGAGGCGGAGCUACAGCAUGAAGGGACGCCACGGGGACGCCACCGCCGACGUGUCCCAGUUACAGGUGCAGACGAACAACCUGAUGCUGCAGCUCACCUUCACACGAGGACUCAGUGAAGAUCUGAGCUCCGAGGUCAAGGUCAUGAAGAAGGUCAAAGGCCGAGGGGCGGAGGAGAAGGAGCAGGCGGAGCGGCAGCUGCUGAAGCAGGAUCUGUACGUGGAGAGUCUGACGAAGAACAUGGAGAAGCUGACGGAGCAGAUGGACGUGUAUGAGAGCCAGGUCAAAGGUCAGGCCGAGGACACGAGGGCCUUCAGACUGCUUCAGACUGAGACUGAGGAGAAAAUGCUGGAUGUGGUGAACCAGAACAAACAGAAACUGCAGGACUGGAGCUGCCGACUCUUUCACAUGAGGAAACAGGAAGUGGACUUCGCCGCCAAGCAGGAGGACACGCGCAUCACGGAGCACAACGUGGUCCUGCUGGACAGAGAGAUCGAAGGUCUGACGAGAUCCAUCGCCGAGGAGCAGGAGCUCAACGAGGCGCUGACCGCGCAGCUCAACUGGGCCCGGGUGGACGGAGCCACCUCCAAGAAGCUGAUUGGCCAGAAGCUGGCCCAGCAGGAGGCGCUGCAGGCGCACUACACCACCUGCCUCCACAGCCUGAGGCAGACGGAGAGCACCGUGGCCAGGCUGACCAAGGACGUCGGCAGCCUCCACGCGGCGGUGAAGGACCAGAGGAGGCAGCUGGAGAAACAGAGCGCGCUGCGCCUGGAGUCGGAGGAGAAGGUCAUGACCCACAUCCAGCAGCAGCUCACCCACAACAUGGCGGCCAAGUACUCCAAGCGGCUCGCCGGCCGGACGGCCGCGCUCAAGACGCAGAAGCUGUCUCAGUUGUGGCAGCUGGAGAACGACAUGGAGACGUUGGCCCUGGAGGGCAGCGAGGUCAGCCAGCGCCUGGACGGCCUGGCGCUGGCCCAGGAGAACCUGGACCAGGAGACGGCCAAGCACCACCAGCUGGUGGCGGACCAGCAGACCAAGAUGGCGUCCUUCACUACGCUCAUCGAGCAAAAACAAGCCUCCAUCCUCAGCUCCAACAAGAAGAUCCAUCAGAUCACAACCCGCACCGGGCAUGAGGACCUGAGUCCUCUGCAGAUCCAGAUUGAGGCUCUAAAGGCUCAGAUGGAGGAGCUGGCGGCGAAGGCGAGGAGCGAGCUCCAGCUGUGGAUGAGGAGCCAGGAGACGCAGGUGGGGCUGACGGAGGAGAUGGAGGUCAACGGCACGGAGGCGCUCAAGCUGCAGAUCAAGUGCACGGCCAUGCAGCAGAAGAAGAUGCGCCUGGAGAAUCAGAUUGAAGUGGAGCGCCGUGAGGAGGCGGAGCUAAACAAGAACGUGGAGAUGCUGAGAGGAGAUCUGCUGAAGCUCAACACGCUGCUGAGUAAGAACGGCGAGCUGAGCGAGGCGCUGCAGCAGAACCACUGGCUGAUGGAGGCGGAGUUCCGGCACAGACUCAAGGCACGCCAUUGGUUCAUUUGUCUUUGUUUUCAAUUGGGAUUCGUUAUCGAUUAUUAUUAUUAUUAUUAUUAUUAUUAUCAGGGUUCGUACGGUCAUUGGAAAACCUGUAAAAGUCCUGGAAUUUUAAAAUGGUUUUUUCCAGGCCUGGUGCGCCUCAACCAGCUGAUGAGGCAUCAGGAGCGCCUGCUGAGGGAGAGCGAGGCCACCGUGGAGCGCAGGGAGACCAUCGUGCUGCGCAGGGAGGCCAUCGUGUACGGGUCCACCAGGGGGGCCACCAGGGGGGCCACCAGGGGGGAGCUGAGCCACGUCAACAAGGGCCUGCAGAGCAAGAUCCACGACACGCACAAGCACGCGGUGGAGUGUGAGCAGGAGGUCAGGGCGCUCCAGGAGAGCCAGGAGGCCGCGGGCAGCCGACUGGCUCAGCUGAAGCAGCAGCUGAGCCACGUCUGUGGAGCCGGAUACGUCCUGGACCCCGGGGCCGGGCAGCUGCACGACACCAAGGACCGGAACCUGGCCCGACUCGUGGCGCUCCAGAGCCGCACCAGGAAGCUGCGCGCGGCGUGCGACGGCGGCUACAGAGCGCUGUCCACCGGCGGGUCGGUCGGCGCCGCCCUGCAGAGCCAGAUGGAGCGCGUGCACGCCGCCGCCGCCAUCUUGCACCGCGUGUGCGAGGAGUUGCCCCACCACCAGGGGGCGCUGCACAGGCUGUCGCUGGUGCUGGAGGCGCGAGCCCAAUCCCCACAGCAGGGACAGUGA